AUGAUAUUUUUCAGACCAGACUCUGUCUGGGUGUCUUGGUUUAAAGAAGUCAUUCUCAACGGAUCAGUCCACAACUACUGGUCUACUAAACCAAGUAGCACCUACUCUUGGCCAGUGAACAAACUGUUGAAGUUGAAAAGUGUUGUAUAUCCUAUGAUUCGUCUCCAACUGCAGAAUGGGAAAAUGGCACGAUUCUGGCAUGAUAACUGGAGUCCGUUUGGCUGCCUCUAUGACUAUCUAGGCGCUUCUGCAACAAGGCUUGGAAUACCUAUAAAUGCGACAGUGGCCUCGCUAUUAAGGGAUGGCGCUUGGAGGCUACCACCUGCAAGAUCAGAACAUCAGUUGAACUUACACUCUUUCUUAACCACUAUCCAAUUAACUGAUGUAGAUGAUGCAUACUAUUGGGAAAUUGAAGGUACACCGAUGUUGAGAUAUGAAACUGGAAGGAUUUACCACUACCUGAGGGGCAAUAUCGAAACCGUUCAGUGGGCAUCAGCGGUUUGGUCUCCUAGAAGCAUCCCGAGGCAAUCAUUUCAUGCUUGGUUAGUAGUACUUGAUCGCACUCCAACCCGUGAUCGUCUCAUCAGUUGGGGUCUCCAAGUAAGCCACCUAUGUCUCCUCUGUAAUGCUAACUCUGAAUCAAGGGAUCACUUAUACAUGGACUGCCCGUUUAGUUUCGAUCUCUGGACUUUGAUCGCCACUAAGUGUCAACUCCUGCCCCUUCGAAACUGGUCCGCUCUCAUAAAUCAAAUGACUUCUUUGCCACCUCCAAGGUCAAAGAAGCUCCUCUGUCUCCUUGCGUGGAAAGCUGUGAUGUAUUGGUUAUGGAGGGAACGAAACGAGAGGCUCCAUGCAAAUACUUUCAGAACCAUCGACUCUCUUCUCAAAACCAUUGAUCGCCAAAUCAGGAAUCAUAUUCAAAGCUUCCGUGAAUCAAAUCAUGCUCUCUCCUCGAAGAUGAUUCAACUCUGGUUCUCGUAA